GUGUUAAAGCGCAAGGAAAAUAAAAUAACAUGUAUAAGCCAAAUAAUUCCCACAUGUUUCUGUUACAAUGCUUAGUUCUUUGUUAUCAAAUCUACAAGUACAUGUAUUGAAAAGUAGCAUUUUAUUUGUGUUUAUAGAUUUCUCCAGGUGAAGAAUCAUGGAAUGUGGCUGGUGGAGUUUUAUGCUCCAUGGUGUGGACACUGCAAAAAACUAGAGCCAAUCUACCACCAGGUGGCACAGACUCUGCGCUCCUCAGAUAUACAGGUUGCCAAAAUUGACUGUACACGAUAUUCCUCUGUGGCAAGUGAAUUCAGUGUCAGAGGUUUCCCUACAAUAAAAUUUAUUAAUGGAGAAAACGUCUACACUCACAGAGGAGAACGGUCAAAGGAAGACAUCGUUGAAUUUGCUGUCAGGGCCAAAGGGCCAGCUGUGAGAAAACUGAGUAGUAUUGGGAAAUUUAAUGAAGCCAGGGGAGAGCACUCUGAUGGGAGUUUUUUCCUUUAUGUUGGGGAUGAGGAUCCAGAGGCAGAUCUCUAUGUUAAAUACUGUGACUUGGCUGAAAAGUACAUUGUGUCUGCAUAUUUUUACAAUGGGACAGAUAAAAUACUUCCAAAGACAAUUAAACUGGUGAAUUAUCCAACCAUACUUGUCUUUAAAGAUGGGGAACAUUUUGAAUACGAAGCCCCAGACGGGAUGGCCACAAAGUCAUCUGUUGAGGACUGGAUUCUCAGCGAGAAGCUGACGGCUUUCCCAUUGGUCACAGGAGGCAGCUUGAAUGAAAUUGCUGACAUUAAAAAAUUCAUCGUUAUUCUAGUCAUUGAUGAAGCUAACAAAGAAAGGAAAUCUGAAAACGAAAGAGUGAAGUCUAUGGGUGAAGUUUUGGCCAAACAACAUAGAGAACAGUUACACAGGCACUUCCAGUUUGUGUGGAUGUCUGACAAUGAAGCAGUAAACAGCAUUACUAUGUGGUCCGUAUCCAUGCCAAAUAUCCUGGUACUGGAUCCAGAGACUCACCUCUACUAUAUGCCUGACAACAUGACUGAUAUCACAGUGGGCAGGAUCAUAGAAUUCUUGAAGGGAGUACAGGAUGGAACAGUACAGGCACAUGGAGGAACUGGCUUUUUUCAGCGCCUGAAGCGAGUGUUUUAUGAUUUGUUUACAAUGGUUUUGAGUGUUUGGACUGCAUCCCCGCUGGCUUUUCUUGCUCAUGUUUGGCCUUCCGAUGGCUAUUAUCAGCAUAGUGUGCUAUAGCCUGUGUUGUAUGGAGGCAGGGGAGGAGGAGAUAUCCCAGUGAGGAUGAAGACGAUGAAGAUGGGGAGGAUAGGGAGGAUAGGGAUCUGAG